UUUUAUCGCAACGUUAAAUACAUUUUUGAAAUUAAAUAUGAAUGAUAAAAUACAAAGUUGCUGCCGUAUAUGCUUAGAUGUGGAAUCCAGACAUGUUUCUAUUAUGGAUGAUCAGACAAUUAUUUUGCAUAUAAAAUCCUGUCUACCCGUCAGUAUAACCGCCAACGACAACCUGCCUAAAUCGAUUUGCGAAUCGUGCGUGUCACAGUUGAACGAAUUCUACAAUUUUCAAUUAAACGCGCGAUGUUCAGAAGACUGGCUUGAAUCUUCUCUCCAAGAGAAAAAUAAGAGGGUAACAGAGACUAAACUUCACGUUCAACCUCUACCCGACUCCGAAUACAACUCGGAUUCUCUAUUAGAAUUUCUUAAUAAUACAGCAAAUAUAGAAGAGUAUCUUAAUAACUUGGGUAAAGAAGACAUACCAUCUAUAGUCAACAUGUUAGACAGAACUGAAGCAUCAGAAACUACGGCGAUAACAGUAAAUAAUAAACUAACCAAAACACCUAGUCCAAAGAAAAAAGAAUCUCCAGGUAAGAGUCAAGAACCCAUAAACAUGGAUAUAGAUGUGUUAGAUUCAGAUAUAGAAAUCGUAAACGAAUUAUUAUUAAAAGAAAUCGAACCCAAGAAACAAAUGAAAACUGUAGACAUAACUUUCACCUGUUUCGGUUGCAAAGCAAAAUUGGAUAGCAUACAAAAGUUAUCUCAUCAUUUAAGCAUAUGCGAUACUGCCUUACGAACUUGUGUUCACUGUGGUAUUCUAUUUGACUCUAAACAAAAGAUGCGACAGCACGCUCUAACACACAGUGUGAUAACACCAUUAACUUGUAACUGUGGGCAUCAGUUCGACUCGAAAGAAAAUCUUUUAGCACACUCUACAAAGUGUGAAAUAGAUCAUAUAGCAUCCAUGGGUUUUAUAUAUUCUUGUAAACAAUGUGGAGAGACAUUUAGUGAGAGAUUCCAGCUCUAUAAGCAUGCUAAAAAGCAUAUUCUUAAGUUAGAGGAACGGAUCUGUGAUAUAUGCGGGCAUACAUUUAACGGUGAUGAAGCACUAUCUAAACACAGAAUGGAGCAACACGAAAAAGCUGACAAUAUUAGAUACAGAUGUAAAAUCUGCAGUUUUACGUCACAAGAUCGUAAAACAAUAUACACUCACGUACAAAAACACACAGAAAUCAAAGAACGAAAUAGACAUUUGUGUGAAUCGUGCGGACGCAGUUUUGCAUCACACGCAAGUUUACUACGUCAUUCCUUACAACACGCACCAAUGUAUCACAAGUGUCAUAUCUGUGGCCGCUGUUUUGAAGAUGUAAAAACAAAGGAUCAACAUGUUUUAGGACAUGUUGAAAUGGUUAUGUGUGAUAAAUGUGGACAAUAUGUUAAUAGUUUUGAAUUAAAUCAACAUAAGUGUGAUUAAAAAA